GCUUGCUUUCCAGGUCCGCCACGUGCUUGGAGCAAUGCCGACCUCACUGAGGCGCUGCACAAUGUGUGGAACAAAAAGAUGACGACAUCACAGGCCUCCCGCAUCUUCGGCAUCCCUUACAACUCUCUCCUCAUGUAUGUCCGAGGCAAAUACGGGAAAUCUCUCAAGCUCGACGUUCUCAAAAAAGGGUUGGAUCAAGCCAUGGAAAAUUCCAACAUCGCCGCCGCCGCCGCGGCCGCAGCAGCUGCCACCUCCCUCAAAUCCAGUCCCAACAAGACCCCCUCUAAUGGAACCCCUCUUCCCCCCACGACCACGUCCCCCCUCACGACUAACAACUCAUCCCCGUGCGCUCCAUCAAUAAUUCCACCACGCCACCCUCCCCAACCAAGAAACAAGGUCCCAAUUCCGCUCUUUUACACUCUCUCCAUCUCAACGGCAAUAACAAAAUUCCCGAGACGAAUAAUAAUAACAGCCACACCCCUCACCCCCAUCCCCACGGCCACCACCACUCCCACCACAAAAGUUCCCACGGGAAGCUGCUCCAGAGUAACGGAAAUGUUGUAAACGUGGAGUCUCACCUUCCCCAAGACCCGCAUCCCAUGGGAGGAUUUAACCCCUUCUUCUUCCCCGACUUUGGAAACCCUUUCCCCUUCGCGUCAGCUCUCCAGCACAUCCUGCCCCCACAUUUGGCAGGCCAUCACAACCACCACGUCCACCAUCACGUGCAUAAUAAUAAUAAAGGUGCUAAUCAUCACGGGAAUGGGAGACCGAACUCCGUAGGACAGCAGCAGCAAGAGCACCAUCAAAUCAGACAAACGGCUGCUAGCGUGCUUUUGGAUUAGGAGAAGAUUGUGGGACAAUUUUUUUCGGAGAAAUUGGGAAAUCUAUAAGAUUUCCCUGAUUUAAAUAAGAUGGAAAAGUUGAGCAGCAAUACAUACGUACCAUAUUUAUACAUACAGGAUUCUUCACCACUUUGUCGAGUUGUAUGUGUGUAGUUUAUGGUCUCAAGGUGAACGAAAUUAGUUCUUAACCAAACCUCGUACUUAAAAGUCGACUUCGAAAUCCAUAGUGUUUCAUUUUUGCAGGUUUUUGCUACAUUUUUUGCCCUGCAAAGCAAGAAACGCGAGGUACAAGAAUCUGGGAGAAAGUGCAAGAAAUAUGCGUCAUCUAGUCAGGAAAUACAACGGCGUAGUUUCUUCCGUCGUACAUUUCUUGCAGGUCAAAAUACCUGCAAGAAACCACUUUCUUGCCAUUAUUUCUCGCAAUUUGCGAGUCAUUUGCGAGUCGCAAAUGACUACUUGCACCCGAAAAUCCAGUAUACCCGCUAAAGUUGUUAAUUAGUUAUCUUUAUUGAAUGAUAGUGCAGGCAGGUAAUGUACAAAAUGCCAAAUACUCACAAAUAAAUACCUCUUCAGUGAUACUAUUGGACGUGAAGAAAUGCAACCAAGUAUACGAUUUAGAUCCAGACUCUUCACGGGUUGGAUCCGCCUCUCUCAAGAAAAUCAUAAAAAAUGUAAUUUAUUCAAUUAAUUAAUAACAAUUUAACCUUCCAGUUAAUUAAUCUGCUCUUAAGAAAUUCAGCUGUUGCGUGCGUAUGUAAUUAAAACGGGUUUUCUAGCUUAUAAGUCAAUAUGAGACGGGUAAAAUGUAUGUUCUCUAUGUAAAUGAAUCUACCUCAAGAUUUACCUCAGCAACUGUUAGGAUAGGUCGUAAGUAAGUUAACCUUUUAAAAACGGAUUCCACCAAUAAGGUGGAGGGCGAUUUCGAUCUCUUGGCGACGGACUACACCAAUAAGGUGUAGGCCAAC